AUGGGCAGCCGGGCAGCGCCAGCUGGCUUCCGGGCGCGGCCGGGCGCGCCGGUGCGCUACCGGCCCGACAACGGCGCGGCCGCGGAGGCCGACGCGGCGGCGGCCGCCGCGGUGAUGGAAGAGCCGGCUCCGCAGCCGCAGCAGUCGGAGGCGUUCUAUGACUGGCGGCAGCAGUGGUACCCCGUGCACUACGCAGCGGACCUUCCAGAGGGCGAUCCGCAACGCGUGUGGCUCUUUGACGAGGCCAUCGUUGUCGCGCGCAGGCCAGGCAAGGGCCCCAUUGCGAUGCUGGACAGGUGUCCUCACAGGGCGGCAGCGCUCUCCCAAGGGCGCAUGACCGCAGCCGGGAAUCUGCAGUGUGCGUACCAUGGGUGGUCGUUCGAUGGCAAGACCGGCGACUGCACAAACAUCCCCCAGGUGUCUCAAGGGGGCACCAUCUCGGGGCGUACCUGUGCAACAGCGCUGCCGUGCGCCGAGUACCAGGGCAUUGUGUGGGUCUACCCCAGCCCUGGCGCACGACCCUCCACCGACACAAUCGUGGGGUUGCCUGAACUAGACGAGCCUGGCUGGACAAGCGACGAUUUCAUCCGCGACUUCCCGGUCGACUUCACGCUCGUGCUAGAGAACGUGGCAGACCCAGACCAUGGCGUCUUCGCGCAUCAGACUACCAUCUUCGACAGCUUUGCCGCCUCUGCCGAGUACCCCAUGCAGGUCUCCACCGAGCCCGGCAAGGGCGGGCCCAAGGUCAUCGGGCGCGUGCCAGGCGUGCUGAAGAUGACAGGGCGCGGCUCCGACAAGGACAAGGCAAUGUUUGGGGAGCAGGCAAACGUGACGUCCACGCUGGCGUUUGAGCCGCCGACGCUGGUGCGCUGGUCGCGCUUUGAUUCGUCCGGCACCACCCGCUUCAUCACUGCCUUCUACUGCUGCCCAGCCGGCGUGGGCCGCACGCGGUUCUUCACGCGGUACGUGCGCAACAUUGCGCCGCAGCUGCACCCGCCGCACUGGCUCUUCAACAUCUUCCUCAACGCCUUCCUGGACCAGGCAGGGCCCUUCUCUUGUUCCAUACCUGCCUAG